AUGCUUCUCUCGCGCAGUGACACAACCCGAAGCCGCGAUCCGUUGCAAAGUCCUGCGUCGCUAUUCAGGUUUCUAAUCAUAAUGAUAGGUGCUCCAACCUUCAGAACAAUCCUGUGCGGAGGGAUACCGGAGAAUUUAAGAGAGUUCAAGAACUGUUGCUCAAACAUAUUUGCAUCCGCGACCCCUUCGAGGCUGUCCACCGAGAGAUACUCCUUCGUUUCACCUGACAGCCGUUCCGCAACCAUGUCGUUGAUACGCCGAACAUUUGCAUUUGUGGGGGCUAGUAUGGCUCGCUCAACGAAUGCGUUGACGUUGCGGACUCGUCGCCUGAAGCUUGGGGGAGGCUCCAUAUCCGCGUCUUCUUCGUCAGAGGUCAUUUGUUGUACCCGUCGUUCUGGAAUGAUACACAUGUCGCGUGGAAGGCAUAUGUCGCCAUCACCGAUCUCAUGGCUGACCGGGUAA